UUGUCCAGGUGACCGGGCUCCACCCUGCACUGACUGGUCAAGACUCAUUGGAGAAAGAGACCUGGAAGUCCGAGAGUGGGCAUCAGAGGUCUCUAGCCAGCUUCAAGCUUGCUUCCCUCAUCAAUUACAGGGAUAAUUAAGAAGAAGCCCCACCCAAUAUGGAGGCUGAAGACCACCACCCCUAUUGAUUCUCUGACUUCUCCCCUGCCCUGCCCACCGGGCCUUAGCUGGGUCGGUCAUGCAAUGCUGAGCAGUAAGGAAGACUUGGGGUCAUCUUGCCUGGCUACAGGGCAAGAAUUGUGGGCAUCAUGGGGGUGUGUGUGAGCGGGGCUCCAGGGUGAGACCUAGCCCCCGCCCCCAGGAGUUCAAGGGGGUGGGGGUGGGGCUAGGAUAGGAUGGCUCGGGGCGGGCUGGGGGCAGAAGAGGCCUCCCUCCGCUCAAACGCAUUGUCCUGGCUGGCCUGUGGGCUCCUGGCCCUGCUGGCCAAUGCUUGGAUCAUCCUUAGCAUUUCAGCCAAACAGCAGAAGCACAAGCCACUGGAGUUACUGCUCUGCUUCCUGGCGGGCACGCACAUACUCAUGGCGGCUGUGCCCCUGACCACUUUUGCUGUGGUGCAGCUACGGCGCCAGGCUUCCUCUGACUAUGACUGGAACGAGAGCAUCUGCAAGGUCUUUGUGUCCACCUACUACACGCUGGCCCUGGCCACCUGCUUCACAGUGGCCUCGCUGUCCUACCAUCGCAUGUGGAUGGUGCGAUGGCCGGUCAACUACCGCCUCAGCAACGCCAAGAAGCAGGCACUGCACGCCGUCGUGGGCAUCUGGAUGGUCAGCUUCAUCCUUUCCACACUGCCCUCCAUAGGCUGGCAUAACAACGGCGAGCGCUACUAUGCCCGAGGCUGCCAGUUCAUAGUCUCCAAGAUUGGCCUCGGCUUUGGUGUUUGCUUCAGCCUCUUGCUUCUUGGGGGCAUUGUCAUGGGGUUGGUCUGUGUGGCUAUCACUUUCUAUCAGACACUGUGGGCCCGGCCCCGGAGGGCUCAGCAGGCCCGGAAAGCUGGGGGCAGUGUGGGAGCCAAAGUGGGUGGGCUGGGGGGCUUGGGUACCCGGCCAGCUUUUGAGGUGCCAGCCAUUGUGGUGGAGGAUACUCGAGGCAAGCGCCGGUCCUCGUUGGAUGGAUCUGAAUCUGCCAAGACAUCUUUGCAGGUCACCAACCUGGUCAGCGCUAUCGUCUUUCUCUACGACUCACUCACAGGGGUGCCCAUCUUGGUCGUGAGCUUCUUCUCCUUGAAGUCCGACUCAGCUCCGCCAUGGAUGGUGCUGGCUGUGCUGUGGUGCUCCAUGGCACAGACACUGCUCCUACCCUCCUUCAUCUGGUCCUGUGAGCGCUACCGUGCAGAUGUGCGCACAGUGUGGGAGCAGUGUGUGGCUAUCAUGUCCGAGGAUGACGGCGAUGAUGGUCAGAGGAGGGAUGGGGACUUUGAUUUCCUGGACAGCUACCUCUGUUUUCUGUCCUUUCUACUGCCCUUCUCCUUGAGUGUGCUGCCCUGGGGUGCCCCCUGCUGGCCUGAGCUGAAACCAACUCCAGGCUCCCCACAGCCUGAUCAAGCUCUGGGCCACGCCAGCCUUGCUUCCUUCUGCCCUGAGGGAGCGUUUCACUAGGCCUCACUCCUCUCUAGAGGCCUACACUGCCCAGCUUUGUCUAUGCCAAGCAGAGCUCCAGGGACAGGGUGCUCUGUCCUAAUGCAAAGUGACAUUAGAGGGACGCUAAGCUUCCUGAAAAAGAGUCCCUGCUCUUUAGACAAUUCUUGGAGAACAAGCAAAAA